AGGACGCCUGUGCAACACUUGUUUUCACACCUUGAAAUCACAACAUUGGUUUGAAGACGAUGUUUGUUCGUGGUAACUCAAACUCACACCUUAACAUGUGACUUGCUGCUGCUGCUGUCAGGAGAAAUAUAGAGGUAUAAAAAGUCAGGGGGACAAAUAGAUUGUCAGGUUCAUACGUUUUUCGGUAAUCAUUCUGUAAUACAGCCCCGCACCUGUCCUCACUCCAUCAUUAGCUGGACUAUUUAUUAUGGCGAGCCAGCAUGUGUGAUCACCACGAGGACGGCUAGUACUGACUUCCCAGGAAGCUUUGCGCUAAAGUGCUCGGCAGGCAGGGAGGGGGAGGGGAGGACACUGGCUGGAGCAGUGCACAUGCGGACUGCAGCGCCCUCACACGAGCAACGGACUUUUUGGAGAGCACACGAGCGGCCAGACACACAGAUGAUACGAGGGAGGCGAGUAGACACAAACAGGUGUGCAGCACUGGCCACUCACCUCCUCGUCUUUUUGCUGUGAACUUUGACAUGAACAUCAGGUAACAGCUGGGAGGGACACAGGUUUCCGGACUGUUUUGAAACAACAGUCUCGCGGCGAUCAGAAGAACUCCUUUUUAUCAAGUCCUCCGGCAGAGGAAGGACAAAAGAAAGACAAAACAUCUGCGUCCAUGAUCGGCUGGAUUCUAAUGGAAAUCAUGCUUCUAAAAAGUGAUUUCACUCAUUCUUUUUGUGUGAAAUGUGGUUUCUAGGAAACAUUUUUAAGACCUGUCACAACCGCCAGAAGGCAGUGUUUUCAGGAGUCAGCCAUUCACGCUUACCUCAGGUGCUGGUAAACAGACGCAAUUAAAAACUUUAUUCUAAGACAAUAGAAAGAGAAAAAAAAAACAACAGAAAGAACAAAACCAAGAUAAAAUAAAUGAAUGUUCUAGGCUUAUCUGUGGAUGUAAUUGCUCAUAGUUAUCAUGUUAACAAAGCGGAGUCUUGUAAACAUGUUGUUUAUUGCCUGAGCUCUAGUUCCCGGAUGGUGCAGAGUGAAUUCCUUCCAACAUCCGUGUUCACGUGGACCAGCAGUAGCUCUGUGAAAGCUCGUCACAAUGUCACCUUAGUUGAGAACAAUCCAGUAUUCUCGACAUCCUUAGUGGUGGUGUCCUGACCCCACACCAGAAGUUGUCUCUCUGUGGAUGCCUGGUGUUUUGGUGGCGCUGGUGAAGACGACAGUGAGCCACUCUCCGUAUCGUCCUUCAACUCGAGACAAUGACGUCACCUGACCUCAUCUACGAAAUCGAGCUGGCCAAUGACAGCUACUUGACGAACACCAGAGCACCCAGCGACGACUACAAUGUGUCGAUGGGGGAGAUCUAUGACCCCGGUACCAUGCUGGCCGACCACUCAGUGGCAAACAUUGCUCUCAUCAGUGUGUAUGCCGUCUUUCUCCUGGCCAGCGUCGGCAACAUCUUCGUCCUUCUGGUCAUCCUGCUGGACCCCAGGAUGCGCAAGAGCGCCGCUAACUUCUUCUUGGUCAACCUCGCCAUCUCCGACCUGCUAGUGGCAGUUUUUUGCAUCCCCAUUACGGUGGCUGAAUACGUCAAUCACUUCUGGGUGUUUGGCAACUCCAUGUGCAAGGGCACCGGUUAUCUGCAAGGAAUAAGCAUCGUGGCGAGCGUGCUCACCAUCGUCUGCAUGGCAUUUGACCGUUACUUCGCCAUCAGGCACCCCAUGAAGAACCGGCAGAUCUUCACCGUGCGACGGGUGAAACAGUUAAUUCUCGUCACGUGGUUCCUCGCCGCCAUCUUGGUCAUUCCCAUUCUAGUUGUGCGCAAGGUGGAGAGCCAUGACUUUGGGGUGAAUAGUGCUUACCAGCUGGGCAUGACUAUGUCGGACUUGUCAGUGCAAUAUUGCACAGAGGCUUGGCCCAGUGACUUCAGCAGACAGGUGUAUGGCGUUGUCUUCCUGGGCCUGGUGUACGUCAUACCCGGCACCCUGACCGUCUUCCUGUACAUGCGCACUGGCACCACGUUGUGGGCAAAAGACCAAACCCUAACAAGACAAAACUCUUUCAUCACAAACGAAGGAAAAUUGGUGCUGACCAGAAGGCGGCUGGCACUAAUGAUGAUCAUCAUAUCUCUCCUGUUUGCCGUCUGUUGGCUGCCCUACUACAUAAUCAACAUUUGUCUGGACUUCAGUCCCCUCAUGUCCAAGCAUUUGAUCCCCCUGUACCCCUUCACCGUACUUCUGGGCCAUUCCAACAGUGCUCAGAACCCCGUGCUGUACUGCCUGAUGCACCGCGCCUUCCAGCAGGCUCUGCUCCGCCUCCUGAGGUGCCAGUGCAAAACUGUCUCCCGUAGUAAGUUCGAUUCUUGGAGAACGCGCCAUUCGGAGGAAACACAUUUGCACAUAUCACCUGCCAGACGAACUUUGACCAACUGGAUGGAGAGAAUUAUUACCACAUCAACGCGGUAUGACCCACUGUGACCCCACUUGAUGGAGAAGACAACGUGUGACCCACUUGCGGAGCGCCGUACACACAAUUAAAGACUGCAGUUGACGGUCCUCGCCUGUGGCUGUCACAUCAAAUGAAGACUGUCUUAUGUUUUAAUAUUACUGGUACCUAAACAUAGAGUUUAAGCAGAACGUGUAUUUAUCUUGUUUUUAAAACUUGUGAACAGAGUGUGAUGGCGGAGAGACAAGCUACAGCUGCGCCUCCUGAUAUUUUUAUGUUAGGGCAGGUGGGAGGGUUGAAUGGGUGGGUGUGGGGGUGCAUGCAGAUAAUUAUUAUGCUUUACUUGUGUGUUAUACUGAUGUGACAUUAGGCCACGUAAUCGACAAAAAAGGAAUGUUACUAAGUUAAUAUUUCUCAUAAAUAACAUGACUUAAACAAAGUACGUUUUUAUCACUAACAUUUGUAAACAAAUGUUUUGAAAUUCCUUAAAAAAUGUGUUUUGGGGUUUCGCUUUUCCUCAUACUAUUGUCAUCAUAAAUGUGCCAAAACUUUAGUCUGGCCUAGAGGAGAAUGAGUUGGUUAUGAAGAAUCUAUUGCUGUAACUAUAUCUACGAUUCUAAAAUAUGCAUGAAGUACAGACAUGUGCGUCCAAUUGUCAUAUUACGCGAUUUACCUGCCAUUGACUUUAGUUGUGCCCCUAACUUCCCUU